AUGAACUGGCGAAAGUACGAGCAGGCAUGUAACUUUCAAGGCUAUGGUGAAGUCGGCACUCGUCUGUCUAUCCGGCAUGGUAGUAUCUAUCACGCCGUUGGUAGGGGAAGGCUUAGCCUGCCGAUCAAAAUGGUGAAAAGCAGACUGUGGUCUACGCAAUACGGUCUGAAAUGCCCGUUUUUACAGGUGAUGACUGAUGGGGCCGUUCUUUUUGAUACGAUCCAGAUGUUUUCUACUUGUUGCCGCGUUUUGCCCAUGUUCUUCACUUCAAAUUUUUGUCUCGGUACCGGACAUCGUAUCCAUGCGGUAGAGAAUGAGAGCUCCAACAAACGGGAGUUUUCUCAUUGGCAUCGAACAGGGCUAACGACCCAUAGAUGGGGUAAAGUCUUCGGCACAUACGAGACAAGAUUCGGACGUGCUGUCGUCAAGCUCGUUCUCUGGGAUAGCAUCUAUGCGAGUGUGAAUGAGAGGGCGCUUCAUGCUUAUGGGCCACAGGAGAAACAGACUAAUGUUUCGACGAGCGACAUGCGAACAUCUUUCGUCUGCCUCACGUUGGAUGAAUCGUUGCUGGAAAACCAGAAACGUAAUUUCGGGACCUCACGAAAUCCAGCUGCUAAAUUGCCGUUCUCGACAUCGACGCUUACCGCCCUUCCCGCACCGCACUAGGGCUCUCUAAGCGACAUCGACUUCUGCUCUCCAGAGGUAGCCCUUUAACUUUAUCUGCCGAGUAUAACUGACACAACUUCUAUAGUACCCGCAGUUACUAAAUUAAUACCCCGACGGCCGUAGGAACGACUCGUGAGCGGUCUAUGCAACAAGUAGCUCCCAGAUGUCUAUUUCGACUGCACGGAAUCCUAAAAACCGCAUCUUUCCUCUCAAAUAAACCAGUCUGCGCUACUGAACUACCUCUCCCUCUGCUCAGCCCCGCAUACAUCGGUGGCUGUUGCAAGGAAUAUCAUCCUACUCUCGAGGAGGGACAACAGCGUCGACUUCUGCAGUGGGAUGGGUAUGCCUCGAGCAUACCAUGACGUCUCGAUAACAUCAGCGACUCGUAAUCGCCCGACUACUGGCAAUGGAAGCAAUAUACAGCAUCCCAGUGACAGUUAGUCGCGCCUUCAUCCAGCCACAAACGCGUACACUCCUCACACUUUGAGCUCCAUG